AUGGGGCGAAUUUUCACGCGGCGAGUGCCAACCGCGCACCGACAGCCCUGGUUGAUAAUGUGCACUGCGCGUGAUGUUGGUAGCCUCAGACCAGUAGUAGCACCACCCCGUGAUAGGUAGGGCCGCCCGUGUGUGUGUGUGUGUGUGUGUGUGCAGCGUAUGUGUUCGCCGCCAGCCUCCAGAACGUACGGUUUCGAUGGUGCUCCUGGUGGGUGCACGUAGACCACAACGGACAGACACCUAGCUCUCGCCCCGAGCAUCCCCUUUCCCCGUUGCAGCGGGCGGGCUCAUCAGUGUGUAACGGGGUGCGGUUCCGGUGUAGCUACAACCCAAUACCCCGAGCGCGGAGGGAAGCUGAAAUUUGGACCGAGCAGCAGCAGCGGCGGGCUUUGCAACAAUCCGACCAACCUUCCCGGCAGGUGGACGGUGCUAAACGAAGAAGAGAACCGUUUCCAAUCGGUUGGAUGGCCCCAGUCCUCAGCAAUCAAACGGGAGCCGUGUGUUUAUGAAGCAAAACCAAACAAGCGAAUCCAACAACACACCGAUUUGACUCUCAUCACACACCUGCAGCAAGCAAGGGUGCACACCGGGAUCCAGCACGUCCUUAGUGCGCUCAUUGCUCGCUGAACAACGAUGCGACCAAAGCGAACUUAAAGCCUGUUUCGUCCUGUGCUUGAUGGUUUGCCGAGCAGCAGCAGCAGCAGAAGCAGCAGCUCUGCUCACUAUAUUCUUAACCGACGCCGUCCAAGCCAGGGCAUAAGCUGCACGUGUGUGUGUGUGAGAGAGAUUGAGAGAUAGACACGUCCCUUUUUCUUGCGCGCCCCUCCCCCUCAAAAAAAAAACAAAAAAACAAAAAAACGAACACCACGCCAGCAAACCCCAAGCCGACCGAGCGAUGCUCAACUCCACCAGCAAGCACAUCCUGCACUGUGCGCUACUGUUCGGGCUGCUGAUCGUGUUCGAGAUCUUCUGCGGCGGCAUCAAGGUGACGGAGAGCUCGUUCGUCGCGAUCGACCCGUGGGAGGAGUAUGGCACGCUGCUAACGAUCGUCCUGUACCUGCUCCGGCUGCUCACCUUCCUGACGCUGCCGCAGGUGCUGUUCAACUUCUUCGGGCUCGUCAUCUACAAUGCGUUCCCGGAGAAGGUGGUGCUCAAGGGGUCGCCCCUGCUCGCCCCGUUCAUCUGCAUCCGGAUCGUGACGCGCGGCGACUACGCGGAGCUGGUGAAGACGAACGUGCUGCGCAACAUGAACACCUGCCUCGACACCGGGCUGGAGAACUUCCUGAUCGAGGUGGUGACGGACAAGCCGAUCGGGCUGCCGAAGCACCGGCGGACGCGCGAGAUCGUCGUGCCGAAGGAGUACAAGACGAAGACGGGCGCAAUGUUUAAGGCGCGGGCGCUGCAGUACUGCCUGGAGGAUACGGUGAACGUGCUGAACAACAACGACUGGGUGGUGCACCUGGACGAGGAGACGCUACUGACGGAGAACAGUGUGCGCGGCAUCAUCAACUUCGUGCUGGACGGGAAGCACCCGUUCGGGCAGGGAUUGAUCACGUACGCGAACGAGAAUGUGGUCAACUGGCUGACGACGCUCGCUGACAGCUUCCGGGUGUCGGACGAUAUGGGCAAGCUGCGGCUGCAGUUCAAGAUGUUCCACAAACCGUACUUCAGCUGGAAGGGUAGCUACGUGGUGACGCAGGUGCACGCGGAAAAGGCAGUUUCGUUCGACAACGGCAUCGACGGCUCGGUGGCGGAGGAUUGCUUCUUCGCGAUGCGCGCCUUCGCCCAGGGCUACACGUUCAACUUCAUCGAGGGCGAGAUGUACGAAAAGUCCCCGUUCACGCUGACCGACUUCCUGCAGCAGCGCAAGCGCUGGCUCCAGGGCAUCCUGCUCGUCGUCCGCUCCACCGAGAUACCGCUGCGGAACAAGGUGCUGCUCGGCAUCAGCCUCUGCUCCUGGAUCACGAUGCCGCUCUCCACCUCGAACAUGAUCUUUGCCGCGAUCUACCCGAUCCCGUGCCCGAACCUGAUCGACUUCGUGUGCGCGUUCAUCGCCGGCUUCAACAUCUACAUGUACGUGUUCGGCGUGAUCAAGUCGUUCUCGCUGUACCGGUUCGGGCUGGUGAAGUUUCUCGCGUGCGUGCUCGGCGCCCUGUGCACCAUCCCGAUCAACGUGGUGAUCGAGAACGUGGCCGUCAUCUGGGGGCUGGUCGGGAAGAAGAACAAGUUCUACGUGGUGCAGAAGGACGUCCGGGCGCUCGUCACCGUCUAAAGCGCCUGGGAUGGCGGCCGGGGGGGGGGGGGGGGGGGGGGGAGCGCAUGGUACAUGGUGUGUGAUGGAGGGAAGUUUGCCGCGGUUCGCGGUCACUACACCCCCCGCGCCGUCCACUGUGGGUGUGUCGAGAUCUCGAAAGCGUAAUGAUGAUGGGGAGUUAGUUUUUACGUGCGACACGCUCUUAGCGGUUAAGAUUUUUCUCCUUUUCUUUACCUCAUAACUCCCCGCCCCCUCCUCCCCAGGCUAAUGUACGCUACUUUACGGUGCGACUUUCGGCGCGCCAUAGGUUCAGUGCAGAUACAAACGCGUUUUGGGCACUCUCAUACUACUGGGUGGCGCAUUGUGCUCCCCUCCUCCCCUUCUUUCUUCUCGUGUGUGUGUGUGCGCGCGCUUGCGAACCGGACAGAAUAGUAGUAAACUCGUUCGUCGGCGCAUCACCGCUUCAACACUUCAAGCAAUCGCAGCCCACCCCAAAAGGUCCAGCACACCUUUUGGCGACGCUUGCGAGCAGGAAGCAGGAACGGUGCCGGGAGGGGGGAAAGGGCGUAGAUUAGCUCUUAGCACCCGUCAAACACAGACCAAUAGUCCGGUUCUGCAAAGGUGGCGCAAAGCAGCACCGAGCCCAAGCACUCCCACUCACAAACACCACUAAAGCGGGCAAAGGAUACGGUCGAAAAGCAAUUUUUAACGCGUAGCAUUACUAAGAGAGAGAGAGCACCAUUCUUUAUAUCAAGGCAAACGAGAAACGGAAGGAGGGGGGAUGAAAGGAUUAUAGCUAAAUAUCAGUAGUUUGAAUAUACAUUAAAAAAAAACCAAGGCGACUGACAACGGUCCCGCUACAGCAAAAACCCAGUCUCUAAAGAUAUUAAUGCAAGCAAAACACAAACAAACGUACCCGUGCGGACCGCGACAUAUCCUCCUGGUGUAUGUUCGCCGUCCGGCACUGCGUGUAAGCGCCACACGGCGAGGGGGCAGCAAAAACAGCUCAUGCAGCAAACAAACAAACAAAACGGAUAGCGAAGCAAAGUGGGCAAACUAGUAAGGAAAGUAGAGGUCGCAGCCGCCACUCGCCCGCGCUGGACGAUUCUAACCAUCAAUGAUCACUACCUCUCCUUUUUCCUGAUGUUUUCCUCACGCUGCGGAGAGGACGAACCCGGGGCAAAAUGAAGAGCGAAAAGGGAAGCAACAAGUAUUUGCUUGUAUUUGACAUGAUAUUAAAACGAAAAUGGGUUUUGGUUUUAUCCUCUCCCCCCUCCCCUUGCUAGAGUAGUGCGCCUGGCGGCCACACAGAUUAGUUUUGCGCGGGAUAGAUUCAGCGCCACACGUGAUUGGUGUGCUGCAUCACCGUAUAUCUAGUCCUUUGGUUCUGAGACGAGGAUACACAACCAUUCACACAGACACACACGACGCCAGCGCACAAGCGUUGGCCCACAGUGCAGACCAUCCUUCUGGUCCGACCGAUAUAUUAUCGGUGUUUCCUGUCGUUCUGCUCGCGCAGCAGACGACGCUUGCGAUUGCCGCGACCAUGUUGAUGGGAACAGCAAACAAAUAAAAAACGCGAUUCACACGCGUUUUGCUUUGUUCAUUAUUAUUAUUAUUAUUAUUAUUUUCUUAGUUUAUUCGGGAUUUGUUUAGGUUAAUCGUCGCAAUGUGUGACAAACACUAGCAGCUGAUGCGAGGAAUACACCACGCUCAGGCUGAUAAUGGUUCAGAUUUUUAAAUCUUCUUAACGAAACCAAAAACUUACUUCAUUUUUACUUCACUGCAAGCUCGAGGCUGUCGUUGCCAAUUGCAUUGUGACACAAUUGGCCGCAGCACACACUCGUGCUUGGGUUUUCCUGCGAACUGAAUUUACCGUUUGCACUUUUCCAUUAUUUCCCCCUCCCCCCAACCCACCCCGCGCAUCAUGUACUCUCCUGACUUAGAAUAGACCACUCAUCAUAGAAUUGCAGCUUUUAAUGCAAGCGAAAAACAAAAGAAAAAGAAAGUAUGAUUUAGUACGUAAGCAAUCAACUCCAUUACAGAAUUGCAGCGUUGACGGCAAACGGACAGAACAAAAAAAAAAAAAAGAAAGUAUGAUUUAGCAUGUAAGCAAUUAGGCUGUCAGUGUUAAGCAAAUCCCGACCCCACACCAACGGCAUCCCUUCCCCCCAUCCAAAAGCAAAGGCUCAAAAGAAAUGCUAUGCAGGAGUAGUUUUUUUUGUUUGGUUACGAAAUGCGCGCUAUUUAAGUUGUUUAUUGUUGUUGAAACUGCUAUUUUCAGCCGACAAUAGGUCGGCAUUCGGUGACUUUUGGAAAAUUGACCCGUUACUCUGCUGAUCGAGCCAACCGUUGGAACGGUAUUUUAGGCCGAGCCCCGUGAAUGAACUGCCGGGGCUCUCUAGUUUACGUUUAAAUAGAUUUGUUUCGACUAAUCGGAAAACGGAAUCUCGAUUCGCUUCGCUUGGAGCUGCAUUUUUUUUUUCGCGAAGCUUUUCGAUCACCGAUCAGGAAGCUACAAUCAAUCAUCAAUUAUUAAACAGGAAAUCAACGCAUUAGCCCCACAGUAAAAGCAAAACUAUCAUUUGUGUCCCUUCUGUUCACCCGAACUAGUUGGCAAGCGUUGGCGGGUGUGUAGGAGUUGAACUGAAGGCAACAUGUAUAUUUAAUUUAAACAACAAACUAAACAACUAAUUCGUGCGCACUUCUUUGUCCCACAACCCCACGUGUGUGUCAUUAAAAGCAAAAACAAAACAAAAAAAAAACAGGAGGUGUGAUGGAGAGGAGACGGCACCGGAAGCAUGUAUAGAGAAAUGAUUUAUAUAAUUAUGCGUACGCGUAAAGUAGGCAGUCAUAGGGCAAAAUAAUACGGUUUAAGGAAACAGUUUACUUGUUACUUUUUCCCUGAGUGCGUGUGAGCGCCCGCCCAAACGCGAACGUUCACUGGGCCGUUGUGUUUAAUUUGAGAUUCUUUAAGAAUUACAAAAUGCGCGCGGGUCAUAGGCAACACCCCGAGAUGGAGCAAAAACGGGUGAAAUGAAGAAAAAAAAAAUAUGAACAAAAAAAAAUUGGAAAGGAAACUUGCGCAUAGGCAGCAAAAUCGUGUAUUAUUGGAGCUCGCUUUGUAGAAUUAUAGUUUUUGCUGUUGUAUUUACCUUUAUUCCUAAUUUCUGUUACCUUAUAUACGUGUUUUUGGGGUAAGGAACGGUACGAGCUAGAGACGGGAUGGAUCACAAAUACCCCCCCGGCGGGAAACAAGUCUUAUUUACAAUACACUCUAGCUGCAAUUACGCACUGCUGCUGCACAUCUGAAAUUACGUUUUGUUCUGCAAAGGCACGCAAGGCUUAGCGCGUAUAAUAAUUUAAGAACUUUAAAAGCGAUUCGCGUCGCAGCAGCAACACCCAUGGAAGGCAAGCAUGCCACUAGCGCAUUGCCUUUUGCAUGGAUUGUUUGUUGGAACACUCAUUAAAUCACACCAAGCCAAACAAAAAAAAAAAAAUCACACUCAUAUUACUCGUACCGCUAGCGGGGCGGUUAGUUUUCCUUUGCUUUCUUCCUGUUUGUUUAUUUAAACAUCGAGCAAACACACGAAUCCAUCAGAUGGCACUCCCAUUCAGCAGAGAUCGCGUAGCGUCCACGCUACAGACUUGCAUCCGCGAUAUUAUAUGCAAAACGCAGCGCUGCCGGGAGAGUUUAUAGUGUUGUUGCUAUCCUUUUCAUUACGUUAGGCUUCUACUCUCUAGCGUCCCUCAGAACCUUACUUGUAAUAAUUAAUGGUGAGAAGAGAAUAAAAAAAACCCCAGAAAAAUGCGAGAUUAUUAGAGCACGAAGACAAAACACACACACACACAUAUUCGCAAGCGACCAGAACAUGGCAAACUACGUUUUGCACAGGGGUUGAACGCGUAGUGCCGAUAGAAUGGAUACGAAAACGAAACAAAUUAAAAUAAACAAAUUACCUUACUACCAGUAAUACGAACAAACAAACAACCAAACAAAACAAAAACCUACAAAACAAAUGUGUUCAAUACCGCGGGCCCCCCGCACCGUCAUCUUUCUCCCAUCCUCCCCCCGGUGGGUUGGUAGGUACGUAGGUGCGGUGCAAUCGCUAGCGCUACAAACGUUUUGGGAGACGCGUGUGGUGGUCGUUCGCGAAUGGUUGGAUUAUGAAAAUUCUAAAACAAAGAACCACUUUAAGAGGAAAGAUCGCGAUACCUUAGAGAUAAAGAGAGCGCAAGAGAGAGAGAGAGAGAGAGAGAAAGGGAGAUACACGAGAACGACACAGAGACAGAAGAAGAGACAUGGACAGAGGGCGGCAAAAAACGAAGAAUAAGAAAUCAAAUGCUUGAUCAAAACGAAAGAAAUCACGAAUUAAUCAAUAAAGAAAAAGUAAAACACUCUUA